AUGGAUUUUUGUGACUCUUUAGAAGAUCCUGUAAUUGUCGGCCCAUUUUUUAAGGCAAUAGGAUUAAAUGCAGAUAAUUGCCCACCCGAUGGUGUUUACGGAACUGAAGGUUAUCAAAUACCAAUGGAGUAUCUACCUGACGGUUUUAUGUCUAAUAAUUAUAAAGUUAUUAUUGAGAUAUUUUAUGAGGAUAUAAAUUUAAUAAUUAUACAUACGUUCUUAAAAGUUACGACUAAAAACUGUGAAAAGAAGCCUCAAUUUUCAGUUUGUUUUUUCUAA